AUGAGCUUCUUGCAUGUUCUAUCAUAUGGUGGUGCCAUCGUUGGGUUUCUAUUUUUCAUAUUGAGUUUAGCAUGCGGCCUAUAUUACCUAGCCGAGCUUGUAGAAGAAUAUACAGUAAUGACUCGAAAGAUCAUAAAGCAUGUAACAGUGUUUGUAGUGACUGCACAUAUUCUAUUAUGGCUAUUUGACGGAUUCCCAUUUUGGCGUAUCACGUUUUCGAUAACAUGUCAUGGAAUAUACUCGUUGAAUCUUGAAACGUUCCCUUUUAUUAAUUUGACGAGUCUACCGUUUGUGGCUAGUUGUGUUCUUGUUUUAUUUGAUCAUUUUCAAUGGUUCCAAUAUUUUACAUUACGGCAUUUCCCAUUCUUGGAUAUCGCGGCGUUUUUUGGAAUCUGCGUGUGGCUUGUUCCUUUUGCGUAUUUUAUUUCGUUGAGUGCAAAUGACCAUGCGUUGCCCUCUUUUGAUCCAAAUAUACAAAACAUCGAUUCAAUCCCGGCAAGGAACAAGGCCGGAAUACUAAAAAAUUUCUUAACCAUGCUUCUACAGAAAAAAGAUGAUUUUAUUCCUAUGAUUUCUUCCUCGUCAGCUUCGUCGUCAUCUGCAUCCUUACAUUCUCGAAAAAUUAUAUGA